AGGUGGAAGCGGCUCAGCUCGGCUGCCAGCCGCUCGGAGCGGAGCCGGACAAGCCUGGCCAUGAGGAGCUGGCGUCGCUCCUCGCGAUUUCCCCGAACUCCUUCCAAGCUCUGAUCCCGGGGGAUGCGGCGCAGGGACGAAGAUGAGAAAAAGCAGGGUGUACCGCAUGGUCUUGGCCACUUGCUUGGGCUCUUUGCUCCUGGUCAUCUUCUACUUCCAGAGCAGCCUGAACUCGGCUGCAGAAGACAGGAUACUGAAGAGUAGCUGGCACGGGAAAUCUGGUCGAAAUCCACUUCAGGCUCUUUAUAAGGGUGAUCAGCUUGAGCAGUCCUCCCUGCAGGCAACUCAUCAACACAGGAGGGAACUGCUAAGCAGUAUGUGCCACCGUUACACCCGCAAGCGACGCCUCCUAACUCCAGAUGACUUGCGGCACCUGGUGGUGGAUGAUGUCCAUGAGUUGCUCUACUGCUAUGUCCCCAAGGUGGCUUGCACUAAUUGGAAGAGGGUUCUGAUGAUCUUGACAGGGCACGGCAAGUACCAGGAUCCCCUGGAAAUCCCAGCACAUGAAGCUCAUGUACCAGCCAACCUCCGCACUCUCUCCGAGUACAGCACUCCUGAGAUCAACUACCGCUUGCGCAACUACCUCAAGUUCAUCUUUGUACGGGAGCCUCUGGAACGGCUGGUCUCAGCCUACAGGAACAAAUUCACCCGUAGCUACAACACAGCAUUCCAUAAGCGCUAUGGAACCAAAAUAAUCCGGCGGCACCGUCAGGACCCUAGCAGUGAAGCCCUGGAAAGUGGCCACGAUGUGCGUUUUGAGGAGUUUGUGUACUAUCUUUUGGAUCCAAAGACCCAACGUGAGGAACCUUUUAAUGAGCAUUGGGAGCGAGUGCACUCCCUUUGCCAUCCAUGCAUUGUCCACUAUGAUAUCAUUGGCAAGUAUGAGACCUUGGCUGACGAUGCCAACUAUAUCUUGCAAUUGGUUGGGGCUGAUGCAGGCAUCAAGUUCCCGUCCUCUUCCAAGACCACCAGAACCAACAAUAACCUGACUGCAAAGUUCUUCAAGAACAUCAGCCCCUUCUACCAAAGAAGAUUAUUUAAUUUAUACAAGAUGGAUUACUUGCUCUUCAAUUACACCAUCCCUUCUUAUUUACAUCUACGAUGAGGCUGGUGACAUGACCUUUCCUCAUAGUUUCUGCUGUCAACCAACAGAGAUGGAUAUGAGAUGUUUGCAGGUCUACCUUUUUUGUUUUUGUUUUAUCAGCACACAGAGUCCUCUUUGUCUUUUGUUCCUAUUUCAGUAGACAGAAUCUACUGUGUUUGUCUAUCCUUUCUCCUGUUCUUAACCAAACAGCAUUUGUUUCUAGGAAGCACUGGAACUAUGUCUUUUUGUCAGGAGGUGAGAGAAUCUGUGUGGAAGUAGGAGACAUAAUAAAAUGUGCAUGCAUUUAAUGUGUUCAGUUAUAAUCCCCACAAACAUGUCUUCUCCAGACUGAGGGAGGAAAGGGGAGUAUGAGUCAGAAGUGUCUAAUUGUGAACAGUUACUUGGUGUGAGGUACAAUUGUCUAUGAGAUAAGAGUCUUCUGUGUUUCCCCUCUUUUACCAUCCUUGCAGCUGGUGUUUCAGAGAAGCGUAUUAUCUCAGAAAAAAAAUCCCUCUGCAUUUCCCCAUCAAGUUCUGCUCCCAUGCAGAUUCCAUCAGUUUGCACUGGAGUGAUACUUAGUGGAUUGCUCACUUUUCUCUACAGAUUUGUCUAUGUGAGAAAAUUUUGACCAAAAGAAAUAUUUAAUUAUUUGCCUUGGCUUUUUUUUCAUGUGACUAUGUAUUGGGUAUGUGCAAAAAUUGUUGUGGUGUCCUGCUUUAUGUAAGCCUAAUCAAAGUGCUCCAGCACCAAGCUCUUCAAUUUAAUUAGUGGACCCUCAUCCGGGUGAGAGAAAUGGAUUCCCACAGAACUGUAUUUUUGUAGGUGAUACCAAAGACUGGAAGGACCGUGGGCUUGGGCAGUAUCCACUUGACUGGAAUAUUUAUAUAUGAAACUGGAUUGGUCUUGGAUAGUGUUUUAAGAAGAGUACAGGAUUUUUCUUCUCGAACAGGCACCCCCCUCCCUCCCCCAACAUGUUUGACCUGUCUUCUCUUUCCACUAUGACAGCACUUAUGGGUGCUAAUGGGAAUCUGGCACAUUGAAGGGCAUUGGAUUGUGAAAGCCAAAACAGCAUCAAUCAGAGAUCCUGCUUUGCCUUUAAAGAGUAUUCCCCCAGGAGACAUAUCUUGAGUUAAUCAUGAAUGGUGCCUUUUCUGUAGAGCAUUGCUAUUUUGUCUCAGUCAAGUCAUGUUUUCUGCCUUAAAAUAGCUGUCUCCUUUUUCUAAGCAGAAGGAUCUAUUUUAUUGUAGAAAUCAGGGAGUGGCUUGGGAGACAGAGAUCGCAGGUGAAAUUGGGCAGUAGAGAGAGAAACAGAAAUUUAACUGGUAAAAUUGAAGGCUUGCACUUGAAACGGCAAUCCUAGAAGACUACAUUUAACUCAAUCCACAUGAACAGCUUUGUUUUAAGUUGGCAUUUUUGUCUCUACAUGGUUACAUUUCUAUGUAUACCAAAACAUAUCCCUUCAUUUAUAUAAGUCGGUUGUAAAUUGUAUGAAAGCAUCCCCGAACCGGGUGCCUUCUGGAUGUGUUGGCUCUUAACACCCAUAAGCCCCACUAAACAUGUUCAGACUGUCUGGGAAUCAGGGGAAUUCAAGUCUAAUACAGAUUCUGUUGGAUAAUUUGAUUUAUGCAACACAUCACUGAAUGUACUUGUGUUGAAUGAAGUACAUAUAGGGGAUGCGUAUGAAAGACACCACAAUUUGGUUCUGCUGAUUCCUGCUGUAUGAAGGUGGCAGUUUUCUCCACCCCAUAGCUGCGUGCUUUCUAUUAGGCUAGAAUGAAUUCUCAAAAGAAGAUUGAGUAGUUCAAGGUUUGAAUUAGUCAUUUCACAUGUACAGCAGCCCAGUACCAACCCAAGCUUUCAUUUUAGGUAGCUUAGACUCUGACCAUAGCUUUUUCUUAAGAUGAGCCAUUUGACUCAUCAUGGGGUGCUCUUGUGGGUGGAAUGACGUGACGGGGGGGGGGGCAAUUGUUCAAAGUUACCCAAGGUACUUUGUGAUUCAUUCAGAAUUUGAAUUCAAAUUCAAAUCUGUCUUCAAUUGUUAGCCUUGCAAAGUAGACCCGACAAGAAGCACCCUCAGGUGAACUAGAUCUAACUUACCUGUAAGGUUGCAUUAACAGAAUCUUGCAAGUCUGAAAAUACCUCUUUUCCCCCUUCAUCUUUACAAUACAAGAAACUAAGGAGAGUCCCUUCUGAGAUGUUUGGCUCACACCCAUUCCUUCUGCAGAUUCAGCUGUCUCUUAUCUAACUAUUAUUGCCUCGUCUGCUGCUCUUUCUCUUGUCUCCCAAAGUCAUUCAUGCAUACCAUUGCAUCCAGUUUGUAAUCUCUGGGAUAUGUAGUUAGCCUAUUGUUGGCUGGGAAUUCUGCAAGUUUGAUCCCAGCGUAUAGGAGAGGCACCAGCUUGGGAAGGGUAUUUACUUUGCAAGUAUGUAAUUGCUAUACACUAACAUGUAACCAGUGGUGCUAUCUGUUCUUUGGUUUGCAACUUUCCCAUUCCUUGCUGUGACAACUAAUCAAUUAGAUUUAAAAUACCAAUGAGUUAAAAAUCAGUAUUAUUUAAAAAUUGAACUAGGUAGUUGUAGUAAUCUUCUCAAAAGAUUGCCCCAAAGCAUCAGGAACAAAACUAAAUGUGUGCCAAUAUACGAAAUUCAGUGAAGUAUGAGAAGAAAACAUUGUUACCUAGUGAUUAAACUUACUUUAAAAAAUAAACAUAGCUAGGACUAUUAUGUUAUUUAGGUAAAAAUUCCAUUGGCAUAUUUACUUCUAGUAAAUUGUUAUUUAUUCUUGUUCUGGACACAUGUUUCUGAUAAAGUGAACAGAUCCACCCAAAAUUAUUUCCAUUGGUGAAAUAGACUGCAUUCUUCUCUCUUCCUUCCUGGGAAAUCAUACUGAAGUGAAUAGACAACUAUAAAGAUUUUGCUGCUGGGCAUAGGAAAAAAAAAAUAGCAGGACCCAUAUAUGCUCCGGGUCAUUGCAGAUUUAUUUUGCUUUUUAAUGACUAGCUUGUGAUUUGGUUUUUUUUUUUUUAAUCCAACAUUUUUCUUUUUAUUUCAGUGGUAACUUAUCAGUUAUUCCAAAAAUGGAGUGGGGGAUAGAGAAUCAUAUUCAUCAUUUUAAAAUCCUAGCAGAAAAACAGACUACAAAUGCAAUAAGACAUAAAAAUAGUAUAAUCAGGGAAAAUAGUUAACGUGCAGAAUA